AUGAUCAUACAAAUUACGAAGAAGAAGUGGGAGGUUGCUGAUGAGUUUGACAGUGACUUUGAUGAAGAUGCUUUGGGAGUCAUGGGAGAGGAUCUGAAGGAUGCAAAGGUGUCCACAAAUGGCAAAUUAGUCCUCGAUUUCAUAGAAGCCAUUCAUGUUGUUGAAAGAAAACAUGCUGAAUUAGAUGCUCGCAUAUAUAAUAGUUUUGGGGUUGGAACUGGCGCUCCUGUCUAUUUAGCUGUUAUUCUUGAGUACUUGGCAGCUGAGGUUUUGGAGUUGGCUGGGAAUGCUGCUAGAGGCAAUAAGAAGUCCCGCAUCAUUCCAAGGCAUGUUCUUUUGGUUGUGAGAAAUGAUGGGGAGCUUGGGAAAUUGCUAGUGUGA